AGAACUUAAGAUCCCUGAAGCGAUCGUGGACUUCUUCUAUCGGCUCUAGAGAGAGAAAGAAACAGAGAGAGAGAGAAACAGAGGAGCUCAUUGACUACCGAAUUGGUUUGCAGAGCAGAAGCAGUUUGACUCCGCAUUCUCUGCUCCCCUGAUCCGUGACACAGCCUAACAUUCCCAAGUUUCCGGCAAGUCAAAGACUCAAAGUUCCGGCCUUUACUUAUUUUCAGCUCGGGGUUUGGCGAUCGGUGUCGUGAUCAUGGGGCGGUGAGGUCUGUUUGGAAGGAAGGAAAAUUUUGCGGGGAUUUUCACGGAAGGUGACGGAAGGGAAAGUGGUUGACAGUUGUUUCUGAAGAGAGGAAGAGAAAGCUGCUGGUUUCUGUACCGCCAGAUUAAAAAGGGUCCAUGCUUGAAAGUAUCCCUUGCCGUAGCUUUGAAGCUUUCUCUGGCUUUCCUCAAUCUAUGUAAUCCAUGAAACUUGAGAGAGAACCAGUGUUUGGCCACUUAUCUAUAAGCCACAAUCCUGAUUCUAAUCCUUUUAAUUGCAAGGACAUUACUUUGGACACUGCGGGAUUACAGUCAAUAAAUUGGACCAUGAAGGAAAGUCAGAACAGGGUUUCGUGUGGUUCAGAGGACAAUGAAGAAGAUGCUGGUCAAGUACCGUAUAUGAGAAAUGGCUUUUCUGUAUCAAAUUUUGACUGCUUAAAGACUCUGGAUGAUUUGGAAAACAGUAAUGAAGACGCAGCAGUAAAGGGUUUUGGGUCACCAUAUGCUCGUUCUUCUGAAAAUUUUGAAGCAUUAGAGAAGGAAUCGGAUUAUUAUAUGGACAAAAGCGUUACAGAAUGUGAACUUCCAGAAUUGAUAGUUUGUUACAAAGACAGCAGUUGUAAUACAAUUAAGGACAUAUGUAUUGAUAAGGGAGUGCCUUCCCAAGACAAGAACUGGGUCGAAACUGGCAUGGAUGAGAAGGCAUGCUGCACCUGUUUAUCUCCUGAUGAGGAUCAGAAUAAGCAAAUGCUUGUAGAACAAAUGGAUAUCGUUACGACCAUUCCUGAUGGCUUUAAACCUAUUACAAAAAAUGAUUUAGAGAAGGGAUUUUCCAUUCCUUGCAAUUCCAAGGAUCUGACGGAGAGAGGCGAUGCUAUAAAUUCGGAGAAGACUGCAAUUGACGUGUCCAAAGAAAUUUCGUCCCCUGCAAAUGUGCUGGCAGUGCAAGAGUUGGGUGAAGGGAACCCCCACUCUAAGUCUUUUAAUGAGGACAGUAAUGAAGCCGAACAAGAGACUAUUCAGGUGUCAAGUGAAAUAGCAAAGACUGAGAGCCCUACUUUGGUUUCAGAAACUGAAGCGUCUAACCAUAUUGAGAAGGAAGUAUUGGUUUCUGCAGCUGAAGAAUCACAGUGCCUUCUUGGUGAUAGAAAGGCAGAGAACAGAAACAUUAUUUCUGGUUUCGACGCUUCAGCACAUGUAUCCAUUACCACAGACGUGAGCCAUCAAAAUAAUGUCUGCGAUAUGCCUUUACAUGAUGAUGAUCAUGAUGUCAAAAACGACAAUAUGUCUGAUUCAGAGGUCGUGCCCAGCCAAGUUCAACAGUGUUUAGCACCCAUGGUUACUGGAAGAGAAGAGUGUCCUGAGAAUGGUGUACAUCUCGAUACUAGAAAUAUGUCCAAUGUUGAUGAUGACAUUUCUGAUUCAAUGCUUGUUUCAAGCCAUUUUCAACAUUGUUUACCACCUGUGGCUACUGGAAAUGAGGAGUUUCCUGAAACUGGUGUCUGUCAAAAUCUCGAUAUUUUAGAUACGGCCAAGGUUGAUGAUGACAUUUCUGAUUCAAAGAUUGUUUGGAGCCAAGUUCAACAUUGUUCAGCUUCUCCAACUAUUGCCAGAGAUGAGUGCCCUGAGAAUGGCAUCUGUCAAUGUCCCGAAACUUCAAAUACAUCCAAGGUUGAUGACAUCUCUUAUUCCAAAGUCGUUUCAAGCCAGGUUCAACAUUGGUUAGCUCCUGAAAUUUCAUAUCAAUACAUGGUGGAAGAUGUGAAUGCUGAUACACAGAAUGCUCCACUCCAAUUUCAGCGCGGUCUAGGAGAGGCGAGUUUCUCAGCUGCUGGUCAUUUCUCGAAUUUCGUAGCCUCAGGUCCCUAUUCUGGUAAUGUCUCCCUUCGAUCAGAAAGCAGCACCACCAGCACCCGCUCUUUUGCCUUCCCCGUAUUACAGUCCGAGUGGAACAACAGUCCGGUUAGAAUGGCGAAAGCUGACCGGAGGCAUUUGCGUAAACAUAGGGGUUGGAGGGGUUGUUUUCUUUGCUGUAGAUUCUGAUACUCUCCGAAUGCUGUAAUUAAGUUAAGCCAGAGUAAAUGCUCCAUCAUAUUUCUAUCA